AUGAUUUACUUACGGGAUUCAAGUUACACUACAGCAUUUGCGCUAUUCGACGCACUGUGGGAGGCUGGCAUCACCGCCUGUUUCGUUACUGUCGGUUCAGAUCAUCCAUCCAUUAUCGAAGCUAUCAUCAAAGGCAAAAGAGAGCGACCAGAGACAUGGCCAAGAUUUAUCACCUGUCCCUCAGAGAUAACGGCCAUAUCGAUGACAGAUGGGUACGCGAGGGUUUCUGGCCGGCCACCAGCUGUCAUCGUGCACGUAGACGUUGGAACACAAGCUCUUGGCCAAGGACUCCAUAAUGCGAGUGUUGGACGCGCGCCUGUCUUCAUCUUCGCGGGUAUGUGCCCCUACACCGAAGCUGGCGAAAAGAUUGGUUCUCGGACGGAAUAUAUGCACUGGUUACAGGAAGCACCUGACCAAAAGGCUACCGCCCGCCAAUACUGCAGAUAUACUGGAGAGAUUCGAAGUGGGCUCAACGCCAAGCAAACUGUCGCGCGUGCUCUACAGUUUGCAAGCAGUGCACCAAAAGGACCAGUGUACGUGACCAGCGCACGAGAGACUCUUGCGGAGAUAAUUGAAAAGCCAUAUUCACUUGACCAGGAAUACUGGAAACCAAUUGGACCAGGUGCUCUACCAACCGAGGGUGUGGAAGAGCGACCUCUUGUGAUCACAGGUUAUUCAGGCCGAGACAAGCGUUGUCCCGAUCAUCUAGUUGCACUGGCGGACCUUAUACCGGGUUUGCGAGUUCACGACACAGGGGGUAGCGACCUUUGCUUCCCCUUCUCCCAUCCAGCCUCACAAGGGUUUCGCCUCAGCACAGAUAAUUGCACUCAAAACGCUGAUAUGAUCUUGCUCCUCGAAUGCGACGUACCCUGGAUUCCUUCUAAAAAUCCGCCCGCCCACAACACACGCAUUUACCACCUCGAUAUUGAUCCUUUGAAUCAGCAAAUCCCAGUGUCUUUCUUUCCAGCCCAUGGCCGAUGGAGAGCCGAUUGCUAUACUGCCCUAAAUCAACUUGUGUCGUACAUCACGAAAUCGCCUUUCGGAAAAGCUCUCCAACAUGUUUCAUACCAAGAGCGUAAGACCACUCUUGUAGAGGCACCCAAAGAGCGGCUUGAUGAAAUCGCCACUCGAUGUCGACUGGACGAUGAAGAGUCACUAGACGCUAGCAAUAUCGGUUACUUGCUCAAGCGCACCCUUCCAGAGUCAACAGUAUUUGUAAUCGAGGCAGUGACUUAUGCUCAUUGGAUCGGUUGUGGUGCCACUGGUAUUGGUUGGAGCAAUGGCGCUGCAUUAGGUGUUAAAAUGGCCUUGGACGACGCAGUCCCUACAACUGGAAGACCUCAACCAAGCUUUGUCUGUCAAGUCGUUGGCGAUGGCAGCUUUAUGUGUGCCGCACCCUCGAGUUCUCUGUGGGUCGCCUCAAAGUACAAUAUUCCUGUUCUCACGAUCGUGCUCAAUAACGGUGGAUUCAACGCUCCCAGAAAGUCUACGCAGAUAGUGUAUCCGGAGGGCCUGAACAAAGGAGCUACUGGUGACGAGAUGAAUAUCUCAUUCGAACCAUCUCCAAACUACGCAGCCCUUGCAGAGGCAGCCUCUGGAAGCUCUGCAUCGAGAGGUGGCAUCCAGAUUGAAGGCCAGUGGAUGCUAGGCGUGCAAGUAAACGCUGUGGGUUCGCUAAAGACAGAGCUUGGUAAAGCCUCAAAACGGAUUCUAGAAGCUGGGAAGGGGAUGUUGAUUGAGGCUCUGAUACCGUGAGACGUCAGGCUAAAACUGCUCACAGGG